GGCGAUCGGGAAAGCACGUCUCCCUCGCCGAGCCGUCUGAGAAUCGACGCCGCCGAGCAUUGCAAGGGAGGAUCUCAGGGAAGCGACCAUGUCCUCUCUCUCCGGGACGUCGUUCUCGUCGAGCAAGGGCGACUCGGCGGAUUUCGACACCGACUUGACCCUGAGCGACAGGCUCAAGGCCUUCAAGUCCUCGCGCUUCGAUCCGCAUGCCUACUUCACCUCCAAGUGCCAGACCAUGAACGAGAAGGAAAUCAGGCAUCUGUGCGCUUACCUGGUGGAUUUGAAGAAGGCGUCGGCAGAGGAAAUGCGUAAGAGUGUUUAUGCUAAUUAUGCAGAUUUCAUACGCACAUCCCAGGAGAUAUCGGACCUUGAGGGGCAGCUCCUGUCCAUGAGGAAUCUGCUAUCCUCUCAAGCAGCUCUAGUCCAGGAAUUGGUCGAGGGUGUCCGUGUUGAUUCUUUAGACACUGGUUCUGAAGAUUCGACUGCAGAGGAUAUGCAAAAUUUGGAAGACACGCGGCCUUCCAACAUGGAGAACUGGUUGAUAGAUUUUGUGGAUACCCUCGAAAUUCUAUUAGCUGAGAGGAGGGUGGAGGAAUCGUUGGCUGCUGUGAAUGAAGGAGAAAGAAUCAAAGAAGAAGCUAUUAGUAGGAGGACAUUAAGUCCCACAGCGCUAUUGUUACUGGAGACUACCAUAACAGAACAGAGACAAAAUCUAGCUGAUCAACUAGCAGAAACGACUUGCCAGCCUUCAACACAAGGAGCUGAACUUCGUUCAACAAUUCUGGCUGUCAAAAAACUUGGGGAUGGUCCUCGUGCCCAUACAUUGCUAUUGAACUCUCACCGACAGAAAAUGCAGUGCAAAAUGCAAAGUCUUCGCUCAUCUAAUGCUCCAUAUGGAGGAGCUUACACUGCUGCCCUUUCUCAGCUUGUCUUUUCAACAAUUGCGCAAGCAGCUAGCGACGCCUUGGUUGUUUUUGGUGAGGAACCUGCAUUGACAUCUGAGCUUGUGACUUGGGCUGUCAAGGAAACUGAAGCCUUGGCUCUUCUCCUAAAAAGGCAUGUUCUUGCCUCAUCGGCAGCCGCAGGUGGUUUAAGAGCUGCUGCUGAGUGUGUUAAGAUAUGCCUGGGUCAUUGUUCUGUUUUAGAGGCUCGUGGGCUGGCCCUUUCUCCUGUUUUACUCAGACUCUUUAAGCCUUGUGUCGAACAAGCUUUGAAUGCCAACUUGAGAAGAAUAGAGCAGAGCAGUGCUGCGUUAGCUGCUGCAGAUGAUUGGUCACUUGCUUAUUCUCCACUUGGCGGAAGGCCAAUGCGCGUUUCUUCCUCCACGUUCCUCGGUAGUGCAGCCGCAGUGCAUCCCAAGCUCUCAAGCAGUGCAAAUAAAUUUAAUACAAUGGUUCAGGAAUUUCUUGAGGAUGUCAGUCCACUUGAAAGCUUACAGUUAGAAGGCCCCACGUUGGAAGGUCUGCUACAAGUAUUCAACUCGUACGUCAAUUUGUUGAUAAAUGCAUUGCCAGGGUCAGCAGAACAUGAAGAAAACCUCGAAUAUUCUGCCAGUAGAAUUGUGAAAAUGGCAGAGAAUGAAAGCCAACAGACAGCUUUGUUGGCCAAUGCAUCAUUAUUGGCAGAUGAGUUGCUCCCACGUGCUGCCAUGAAGCUAUUGUCCUCUCACAGUACCAGCAAACUUGAGGACCAUCCAAGAAGAGCUCCAGACAAGCAAAAUCGUUAUCCAGAACAAAGAGAUUGGAAGAGGCGUUUGCAACGUUCAGUUGAUAGAUUGCGCGAUAGCUUCUGCCGCCAACAUGCCCUUGAUUUAAUUUUUUCAGAAGAGGGCGACAUCCGUCUCAAUGCACAUGUGUACAUCAUGAUGGAUGACCUUAUGGAAGAACCUGAAUGGUUUCCUUCUCCAAUAUAUCAGGAGCUUUUUGCAAAACUGACUCGAGUGGCUAGCUUUGCAACCGACAUGUUUGUGGGUCGAGAAAGAUUUGCUACUAUAUUGUUGAUGAGACUCACGGAGACGGUCAUUUUGUGGCUCUCUGAUGAUCAGAGCUUUUGGGAAGAGAUAGAAGAGGGUCCCAAGACAUUGGGUCCUUAUGGCCUUCGACAGCUUUAUUUGGAUAUGGAGUUCGUGAUUCUGUUUUCAUCACAAGGCCGUUAUUUAUCUCGGAAUCUGCAUCAAGUUAUCAAAAACAUAAUUGAGAGAGCUAUUGACAUAGUGGCUUCUACUGGAUUAGAUCCGUAUAGUGUGCUGCCGGAGGAUGAGUGGUUUGCUGACGUCGCUCAGAUAGCAAUAAAGAUGCUGACUGGCAAAGCGAAUUUCGCGAAUGUGGAUCAAGACGUCACUAGCCCCAGCGCCUCUGUGUCAGCGAAAUCAAUUUCGUCGAUCGUAUCUCAUGGAAGUAACUAGCUUCUGCAA